AUGACAUUGCGACCCGACCCCCCGAGUGAUCCUCCCGCUGUUUCUUUCACUGCACCGGUAGCUGAAGUUGACUCUUCUGAAUCUGAAGACUACCAGUACGAUCAUCAGGAGGACGAAAAGGAAGAAGAAAAGGUAGAAGAAGAGGUUGCGAACACCGAUGGCGCUGGGAUUUCUCAUACCAGUGGUACCGCGGGAGAAGAUGAAGUGUGGGGAAGUGAGAGCGUCCAUGAAUGGCUCUCUCCUAGCAUGGCUUACCUUAAGGGUCCCGCUGUGGGGCCUGAACCUACUCUGUUGGGAGAGGAGCCUUCAGUAACAAACCCCGGAGCAGAGUCGGUGGGUCCCGCACAAGAACCAACUCAUGACUCAACACAACCUCCACUAUCUCAAGGGAGCACCCAACCAACUUCUACAACUUUGACUGGCAGCUCCCAAGAAGGUCACCACCAGGGCCAGUCAAUCACCUCCCACGGCCCCGGUCAGUCAACCAGCAUUCCCCUGGUUGCAAAUGUGGAACCUGUCCAUGCCCAAGAAGAUGGCCCUCUCUUGGAAGCUAGGUUGGUUACCUCCACCAUUGUUUCCAAGCAAAGCUCUGAACAAGGUCAGGCAUUCUUUUGUGCACGGUGCAUUCCCAACUCUGCAGGUGCAAGGUGGCUAUGUUUUGGCAUCUCCUGUCUUCUAGCGAUUGUGGCUGUGGUGGCUAUUAUUUGUAGUGGUGGCAUUUGCAGUGCAAGUGAUGAAGGAAACAGUUUGUCUUCGUCAGCACAAAGGCAAGAAAACCCGGAUGCUCCUGUGGCCACCCCAACACAAUUUGUGCCUAGCCAAAACCCCCAAGCCGAAUUGAUUCUCACCCCGCAAGCCAAAGCCGCAACCUCGCCAUCGAUGAAUCCGUCCAUUGAACCAUCCCUUCUCCCUUCGCUGGAGCCAUCGUUGCUCCCUUCACUCGGACCAUCCUUGUUCCCUUCUCUCGAACCAUCGUUGCUCCCUUCACUGGGACCAUCAUUGCUGCCUUCUUUCGAACCGUCCCUUGCCCCUUCAACCAUACCUUCAACCAUUCCCACUCCAGAGCCAACACUGGAUCCAACAAGUUGGCCUUCCUCGGAACCUACCGUGGACCCGUCGAGAGAACCAAGCAGAGAUCCUACUAGACUCCCAACCACUGGCUCACCCACCCCAAUUCCUACGGCAACACCAACCAGACGUCCUAGUCCAAUACCCACCUCUCGACCAACUUUGCAGCCUGUAACGCUAAGGCCAACAUUUCGACCCACGCCGCAACCAACAUUUCGACCCACGCCGCAACCAACGCCAAGGCCCAGCCGAAGGCCAACGCCAAGGCCGAGCCGAAGGCCAACAGCGCAACCAACGGUGGCUGCAGUGCCACCGACGUCAUCUGGAAAUCAAGAUUGCCCUAGCAUGAUUGCUGUGGAAGGAAAUGUCACAAUUACGUUCUUCUUUGUAGACCGAGGUCCGACGGAGGAGGAACAAGUUGAAGCAUACAACGCCACCAUCGAUUUCUUUGACGACACGUUUCGAGCUGCCUUCCCGGGGACCUUUCAAUCUACGGUGCAAGCAGACAUGAUCAGCUCGACGUUUGAUUUCGACGAGCGCGACCUGACGAUUGAAAUUGCCUCUCAGUAUCUGUUCUCGCCAUGUGCACCAUCCCUAAAUGAAGCCCAAUCUGCUGUUGACAACGCCGACUAUGACGCAUUGUGGUCGGAUUAUGUUCGUCCUGAAUCUACCGACGUGGCCAAUCUACUUGUGUUUGUGGAAGGGGCUUUUUUCGAAGGAGGUCCUACAGAUGUACCGGUAUUGUCGGGUGGACUCGAGAUCGUUAUCACAAUCGAGUAUCGUGUUGGAGACGCCGCUCCUGCGAGUCCCACCGAUGCGGAGAUUGACAACUUACUUGAUGCCAAAGCAGCUUUCUACGUGCAAACGUUUCAAUCCGCAUUUGGAGAUUCAUUCAUUUCACUGAAUGUGGUCGAAUUCUCGGACAUGGAAAGUCCAUCAAGUGGAGGUUGGGUAACUGAAUUUGUGGCGAAUCUAAGUUUAGAAGAUCCUUUGCCGGAUACAGACACGGUGAUCGCGGUAAUUGAAGAAGCAGAAUACACAACCUUUAUCCUCGAAGAGGUCCUUCAACUUGGCCCUUACUUUGCCUUCGUGAAUGGCCUCGACCUCGUUGCAGGUGCUCGGGUCGUCUGA